UGAGGAAUGGGCACCUGUACCUUGGAAACACACAGCUCUCACCCGCAAAGAGGGCCCCACAGCCACCACUGAUCCCCCACUGAUAGAUGAAAAUAGAAGUUCUGAGAAGGAUGUAACCCAGAGAAUUCAAAGACAAACCUAGACCAGUUCAUCUACUACACAAGGCAAGAUCAAGAUAUAUUAUAUCCAUGCCAAGAAAAAUCUAACGAAGGGAAACCAAAAAGAAGGGACUGAAAGAUUCACCAAUGUAUUGGAAAGAUCAGAGAACCCCAACAAGUUUGAUGAUCAGAGGAAAGGGAACAGAAAAAAAGUUCCCACUUGGACUUUUGCAAUCAGAGAUAACAGCAAUGGCCUCAAAAUGGAAGACUACUACAUCUUGGUAUUCUCACCCAGUAUAUGCAAGAUACUGUAUGGAAAUCACAGAGGAGCUCCGCCAGUACUUCGCACAGACUGAAAGGCACAGAGAAGAGAGAAGGCGACAGCAGCAGCUGGAUGCGGAGCGCCUGAAUGACUAUGUGAAUGCGGACCAUGGCCUAUACUUCAACCACCAUAGGUCAGUGGAGCCCCCAUCUGAGAAGCCCUGGGAGCGGCGCCAAGCAGAGAUGAAGCUCUUAUAUGGCAACGGUGCUCCCAAGAUCCUGGCCAUGGAGGCUGCUGUACAGCUGAGCUUUGACAAGCACUGUGAUAGAAAGCAGCCGAAGUACUGGCCUGUCAUUCCACUGAAGUUCUGAGUCCUGGGCACCAGGACCCUAGGCAAUGCUUCGCAGUUCCUAGCCUCUCCCUCUUCAUCUCUCCUGGACUGUUUCAG